GAUUGGCUCCCGGCCGGGGGCCCCAACACUGCUGUGCCGCGAGCUCCUCCGCCACAACAGAUGGACCUCUCGCGCUCUCCUCCUCCUCCUCCUCCUCCCUCUUGCGCCAGCUCUUGGAUGCACGCGCCCCAGUGAUUGUUACCAGCGGCUGAACAGGGAGCGGAGGAGUUUACGGUUAACGGAGAGUUGAGCCGUGGUAACUGGAGGAAGAGGGAAGAAGGAAGACGGCGCUGGAGCUGGGAGAGGAGAACCGGAGAGCCUGCGUCCCCCCGGGUUUGGUAAGCCGAGUUAUGCUCUCCAAAGUCGGCAGGAAUCAGACAGCAGCGUCGGUGUGGCUCCGUAGGCUGGUCGUGAUGAUGGGGUUGAUGUGACGGGUUUGACUGGGUGUAGUUUGACACCGGGGUUGUUCGGACGAAUUACAGAAGUUAGCCAUUUGUUGACAAGAUAGAAUAAAGCUGCACAAUAAGAUUUAUCUCUGAAAGCACGGAGGAGAGAUACAUUAACCGAGAGUCGUGAAUAUGUGGCGUACUUGUAUGACACUCAAUGAAGCUAGACAGGCUCCGUACUACUUAAUGCGCUGUUUCUGCAUCAGUCUUGAACAGUAAUGGAUAUAAAUCCCGUCUUUUACCGCAUAUGUUUAUAUUAAAUAGUGUUAAUGGCAAUGCAUUAGUAAAGGAUGUUACAUAACGAGUAAGUAGACAGUUAGGUUUCCUCUCUGCACAGAUAAGACUGGCUAGACAGAGGCAGAGCUUAGGAUAGACCCUCUCUGCAUAAAAGUGAAUACCUAAUUUCUUGGCAAGCAAUGAGCUCUAAGAUGCCAGUUUGUUAUUUUGCUCACACUUGGCUGAAACUAAUGCUGAUAGACUCAUAUGGUGAACUCCACAUGAGAGAUCUUUGCACAGAUGUUCUACACAGCUUCAAGUUUUAACUGAGUGCAGGAUUAUUUUCUUUAGUGCACUGCAACAUCUCAAAACCCCAGACAUUUAUUUUUAGCAUUAUAGAUUGCUGAGAAAACCAAAAGUUCUCACUCUCCAAUGCUUUUUUUUUUUGCAGCAUUUGCUUUGUCCUUGCAGAUAAAUUCCUUGCAGAUUGACUAAUCGUUUCAGCUCACUAGUCAACUCCAGAAAUAUUUUCCACUGGAUCUGAAGAUUCUGCACACCAUAUGUAGAUUCAUAUCAAGCUUUGCAACACUUUUGACAAUCCCAGUAUGCCUCACAAGGAGCAGGAGAGACAAACACGCACUAUUUUUGGCUCUAUGUUGUGGGCUAGUUUCUGGAGCUUAGAUGUUUUCCAUGUUGCUAUGACAAUGCUGACAAUAGUUGAGGCAGAGCACGAGUAAUGUGGAGGCUGGAGUGGCGGUGCGUUUUAAAGCGGACAGGAGGAGGUUUGGAGCCAUUCAUCUUUCAUUUCAGCCAAAGACUUUGACAGAGGAGGUUCAGAGGCAACGGGGCAAGAGGGCAGACAACAAGUGUGCAUGUGUGUCAAUGAAAGACAGAGAAAGAGAGAGAGAGUGUGUGUGUGUGUGAGUUUGAGAGGGGGGGGCAGUCAGGAAGUAGUGGUCAUGAGUUUUACUAGCAUGGUGCGGGCCUUUCUUGUCUUUCAUAAGAAGAGGGAGGAGGAAGCGGAAUGAGGAAAACAGACAAGACAGCAGCAGAGAGGGAAGAGUUCACUAAUCAGAAAAAUAGGACCAAAAGCAAACACUGAACAGACGAAGAAGGAAGAGAUAAACAGAUAUGGAUGAUAGUGGAAGGAUAGAGGUCGAGGGUUGUCUGGUGUUGCUGUGAGAGUCAGGAGAGAUUUGGGAAGUCAGUGAGGUCUGCUUUAGGACAGCGAUGAACUCCCUUGUGUUGAAACCGGACUGGGUUAUCUGCAGGUCAGCCUGUGUGCAUUUCUGAGCUGCUGUCAAAAAACAGAGGCAGCUUUCUGUCGUCUGGAUGUCUCACUGAUCACUUCCACAGAGACACAGUCCUGCAUGGACAGCUGACAACACAUUUCACUGCUGUUUGCUGUGAUACCACGACUGCAUUAGGUUUAAUCCUUAACAGCAACAAUAAUACAGACUACUACAGAGCUGCAAUGAUUAAUCAAACCAGUUGGAGAAAUUUCAUAAUUUAAUGGAUUACAUUGUCUGCUGUGGCUGGUCUGUAAAAUCCAGAUUAAAAUUUGAUCGGUGAUGUCUCUACGGCAGCGAUGUUUUGGGAAUACUCUCGGUAUAAAUAGAGUAUUCGGGAAUAUUCUAGCUUCUAACAAAAUCAAAAUUAAGCUUAGUGGUUAUGACUGCGGGUUUGUAGUCAUGCAGUCUUUUGGACGAUUAUGGUUGCAGUACUUUGGUCAUAGCAUCUGCAACUCUUGGGACAACUUGGCGUCUUAAGUCACGAAACAGACUUUGGUGUCCUUCUGGGGCCAAAUAAUGUAUUUUUAAACUUAAUAUUUCAUGAUUUUAUUCCUUUUAGGCUGUAGAAAAAUGGACUUUAUAUGUAAAGCUGACAACAGUUAUGUACAGAAAAAGCUUAAACAGCAGUAAAGAAUAUUUUUGAUGACUGUGAAAGAGAUGAGGUUUGCUUUGCAGUGAUUUUGACUCCCAACCACAGGAUACCUUAAAUCCUGAUGAUAUUCCUGGAAGCUGGUAUUAAACCUUAAUACGUUUUGUGUAUUUUAGUAGAAAUUGGAAAUCUAAGGUCUGCUCAGAUUUAAGGUUCUUUAUUAGACAACAGCUGAUUUAAAUCACUGACACAGUUUUGUUCAAAGCUCUUAUGUUCAUGUUUGUGUUUGGAGUUUAAACUCUUCAAAAUAUAUCAUACAACAGUCGAAAACAAACUCUUCGAUAUCAUUUUGAGACUGGAAAUGAAGUGUCCACAUGUUAGUCUGUCUUGAAAUAGUCUUUACAGCAACAGAGAGACAAAGCUUUAUUCAAAUCAAACACUUUUUUCCUUCAUGAUAUCAAUAUUGUGCUAAAAUGUCUCCCAGCUUGGGGGAUUUUUUAGCUCUCUGGAGCUGAAGAAAUCCCCUCUGGAUGAUAUCAAACAAACGCACACAUUGAGCCCAAAAAACGUGUUUCUCAGCAGAUAUCUCCCACCAGAAAACACAUCUCUGACAACAGGAAGGCUUUCCUAACUGCAGCUUUACCCGUUAAAUGUCUAGAUGGUUUUUCUCGUUUCUUAAGGUGAUAUCAGGACAGCGAUUAAUUGUUGUUAUCAGAUGACAAAUGAAGUUGACUUCAAGUUCACUUUGGUCUUUUGACUCGCCAGAGAAUUCCAGCUGAUCGCUUCAUGUCUGUCUAUGACCACUGACCUCACCCACUAUGAUCACGGCUGGCCUUGACCACGACCGCACCAUUAAAGACUAAUGAUCUCCAUUGUGCCGUGGAAUGGUUAGCUUUUGAGCGUCUGACAGAGCUAAUAUAGGUGUUGAAAUAUUAAUAGACCUUGGCAGGGGCUCUGGGCUGAUUGGUGUUUAAUAUUUAAUUCUUCCACAACUAUUGAACACAUUUAUUUUAGAGAUUGACAGCCUGAGCUGUCAGCACUGAGUGUGUAAAGCUGCUGCAUUACUUCACUAACCAUGUUUGUUUACAGUAGGUGGGAUGGUUUGUGUCUAUGAGGAAAGAGAACAAAUUGAAGUGCGGGUUAUCAGUUUCAUCUGAGCAUGUCUGUGUUUGUGUGUGAGUAUGAGUCUGAUAACUCGUCAGAGCAUCUUAAAUUGAGGAAGUUUGAGGGUGUGUAAAGGCCAGUGACAGUUUCCUGUGUGACUUACUGAGCAAAGGAGGAAGUGAUUUAGCGGAAGGGGAGCACUUCCUUUUAAUACCCCAGCUCUAACCUCAUCUGUUUGCUGUCACGCCGCCAUGAAAAGACCCCAAUAGGCUGUUAAAAACCAGCACCUGAAGGACUAAAGCGCUUGUCUUACCUCUGCCUCUACAUCUUUAGCUCGUUCGUUUAGGUGGCUUAACAACAUCACACAGUCUACACAACGGUAAGAUGUUCAUGACUUUGUUUCUGGGUUAUUCAAGUCUUUAUUUGCCAGGCAAGUCAACGCUGACAUAUUUUUUCAGCCCGAAACGUCGUCUUUUCUUCAACCUGAGCAAAGAGUUGUCUUGUUCUCACUUGAAUAAAAUGUGGCUUCACUGCGUUCCCUUAGUUUAGACAGUCAUCAAACUUGACCUACUUCCUGAAAGGACUUGAUUCAGCACACAACAACAAACAGUACACAAUUUUUUUUUGAAAAGAAAACCCAGUCUUAAAAUUAUUUAGAGGCACAACCAGGCUGUGAGGAGUGUCUGUAUCCAGCUCAAGGAAGAACAUUCAUGAUCAUUUCUUCAUAGAAAUACAAUCAGACUGAGACGCUAAGGCAGAAGAACUACAGCAUCUGCAGUGCAAAAUGAUCAAUAUGGUGAUUAUUACUUCAAGGAAAUGAUAAAGUAAUGAUUAUAAAUGUUCUUCCUUGAGUUGCGCCCCCCUGCCUCAGUCGAUGAUGGACUCGUUGAGGUCUCACUACAAACAAGCGGCUGCUGGAAGAGAGUGGGUGAGCUGUGUUUAGUCUCUUUUCUUAAAAAUUUAGGCAAAGCUGGGACCCUAAAUGUACUGUUGAUGAAGUCAUGUGCUGAUCUGAAACUUAUUUGUGGCUAUAGAGUGGCAUUUUGGUUGCGGUCUACGUGUGGAGACGUAGACCGCAGUGUAUCGCUAUCGUGUGGUCGUUACUAAAGUUGGUAUAACUAGAGAAGCAAGCGGUAGGCUACAUUCAUCUCUCAAGGGGGUGUCUAACACGGUGUUACGGUGUGCUUGACCUUUAAUUAGUUUUACGCCGGAAUUAAGUGUUUUGUUUUUUUUUUCAGAUAUGCGUCUUUAAUCUUAGCACCAUAAUUUCAGGCGUGGAGGAAUCUCAAGGGAGCACUUUUUGCAAAACCAGAUGAAUGCAGUAUUGUGUCCUGCCACUACCUCUCUCUCUCUUUUGCUCAGGGAGCAGCUGACACGAUUUGGCGCUGCAGGUGGCCCAUGUGUGCUGCACCUGUUCGCCUCCUUCCUGUAGGCUUCUGUCCCGCUUCGUCUGCAGACACACAAAGACAAACAUACACAAACACAACACGCAGCAAAGAGGGAAGGAAAUCUCUCCUCGGGGUGUUACUGGCAGAGUGCCAUGUAAAACAGCUGCAUGUGUGUGUAUGUGUGUUUGUGCUUUUUGAGUGUUCAUGUGUAAAAGACAGACAGAGACAUGAGUGGAGACUAGUCAGAGUGGUGACAGGAGAAGAAGCUGGUAGUAGAGGAGGAGUUGAUCUGUAUGUUGACGGAAACGCACAGACAGGAAGCUUGAUAUGAUCUGCUGUUACUGUUUACUGUGUGGAGGAGCUGCAUCUCCUCCUCCUCAAACUGCUCCCUCUUUCUCUUUUCUCCUCGUCCUCGUUCUGCUCGCUGCAGGUCAUGAGGAGUCAUGAGACUGAAUCAGACGGAUGAGAAUUAUUAACUCUGUGUUGCUUCUUUGUCUCUCAGCUCCUCUCAUGCUGACUGAAAAUGGAUGACACAGAUUACGGGGUUCAGAUCGGAGAGAACAAGUUCAUCAGCAAGUGAGAAACAACAAUAAUAGAAACAACCAGAAAGCUUUUUUUUUCAACUAUCAUUUCCUCUUUAAUCAUUCUGUAUCUCUGUCUCCAGGGUAACGGUCCUCUCACAUCUCAAGACGUACAACCUCUACUAUGAAGGACAGAAUCUGCAGCUCAGACACAGAGAGGUGAACAUUUCUUUCUUUUCUGUUUUAUUCCUCCUGAAACCUCCGCUAUUCGCCACUUCCUGUCACUCCUUUUUAAGUCAUGUGUAAUCCAAUACCCCCUCUCCUUUAUUCUCCCAUCCCAGAGGGGUAAUAGCCGUCCUUUCUGUGUUUAUGUGUCUGAGUCAAUAUUGAUCACGGCUCCUGUCUGCCAACAGGAAGAGGGGGAGCUGAUUGUGGAGGGCUUACUGAAUAUCUUUUGGGGCCUGCGGCGACCAAUCAGGCUUCAGAUGCAGGACGACCACGAGCGAAUCCGGCCACCCCCCUCCUCUACGUCCUGGCACUCGGGUUGCAAUCUGGACAGUCAAGGGUAAGAGGUGCAGACAGAUCCACUUACACCCUGCUGACCGGAAAUGGUUGUAGAGAGUAGGUCAGUGACAUGCAGAUAUAGAUUAUCUCUCGGUUUCCUGAUGGGAAAUCCAGUAAUAUGUGCCUGUUUUUACGUCCAUGUAGGUUGGUUUAAAUUCUCAACUCACUGCAACAUCUGAAUAAUUGACUUCCAGUUUUCUUUGAUACAACACCAGCUGGCAUCUCUCAACUGAAAAUUAUUAUUUCUACCAACACCUCUGGCUCCGUUUUCGGAUUUCGCCUGAAGCCACCACAAAUCAAUUUGACUCAAAGGAUGGAAGCCUCACUUCAGCUCUUUAAUCCCAUCUAUCAGAGGAGCUUUGUUAUCUCUGGAUAACAGGGCUUAAGUUCAUGAAGCUGGAUGUUUCAGGCACAAAUCUGCUUAAAGGAAAUAGACCGAAAUUCACAAACACUCCGUGAAAGAGAACUUGAAGUCGCCAAAUAAGCCUCAGUGCGAGUUAGGUUGUUUUUAAUUGGGUCAUGUGUUGGUCAGCAGUGUUUACAGUGGAGUAGAGGUGUAGUUUUUUUCUUCUUUUUUCUAAUAGAUAUGGCUGCAGAAGCCCUUGAAUACAUACUAGUACAGCUGCUUUAAGAGACAAUGAUGCUAAAACUCAUGUCAGAAAAUCUCAAACUAUAAAAAUAAAGAUGGACAGCUCUCCCAGGUUCUAACAAUGAACUAAAUAGUGAAAUUAACUGGACUAUUCUGCGCUGCUACUUGCCUCACUUUAGUCUAAGAGUGUUUCUCACACAUGGCAUAUGAUGUUGAAUGUAAAGUUUGUAUCUAGAAAACACUUUCAGCUCUGUUUUUACAGCUCUAGUUUCAUGUUUAAAGCUCCCCUAAUAGCACAGACGGGCAGCAGACGACAGAGCAGAGCCCGCCCACAGUGGAGGUGACGCCACCUGAAAGCCAACCCGAGAAUAACGGCGUGAUGACCGAACACAUAGAGGGUAAGCUGAUCUCUGGUUACAAAUGGAUGCUUUCACAUGUGUCCCAGGGUUAGACAGAAACCUGGAUUUCCUCAGGAAUGGAAGAAUCUGCAAAAAGGUUCACAGUAAGAACUGAUGAUUAAAGAACUCCUCUGGCUGUAAUAAAGAUCCUGUUUGGGUGCCACUUACCUAGUGGUCUACAGAGGUUAUGAACCCAGGUUCACUUCCACUCCCUGAUUGUGUUAAAGGGAUAUUCCGGCGUAAAAUCAAGUUAGGGACCCUAACACACCGUAACAACGAGUUAGACGCUUCUCUAGUUAUACCAACUUUAGUAACAGUUUUGCCUGGUUUCUUUAGCAAGAAGACCAAACACAAUUCACCCACUUUCCUCCAGCAGCUGCUUGUUUGUGGGGGGAGCCCAUACGAGUCAAUCACAGAGUGCAGCGGAUCAUUUCCUUGAAGUAAUAAUCAUCAAAAUAAUCAUUUUGCACUGCAGACGCAGUAGUUCUUCUGCAUUAGCAUCUCGGUCUGAUUGCAUUUCCAUGAAGUAAUAAUCAUAAAUGUUCUUCCUUGAGCCGCGAAACUCCACUGCACUCGGUGAUCGACUUGUCAGGGCUCCCCCCACAAAUAAGUGGCUGCUGGAAGAGAGUGGGUGAGUUGUGUUUGGUCUCUUUGCUAAAGAAAAGAUGAUGUUUGGUGGCUAGUACUAUGGCUGGGACCCUGUAUGUACUGUUGAUGAAGUUAGGUGCUGUUCUGAGCAUUAUUUGUGAAUAUAGAGUGGCGUUUUGGUUGAGGUUUGCAUGUGGAGAUGUAGUCCACUGUGCUAUCUUGCGGUGGAUGCUGAAGCUGGUAUUACUUGAGAAGCAAGCGGCCGGCAACAUUCAUUUCUCGACGGGUGUCUAACUCUGUGUUACGGUGUGUUUGACCCCAACCUAAUUUUAUGUCGGAAUAUCCCUUUAAGAUGAAUUAAAUACAUCAUGGCAUCUCCUAUCACUCUUGUUCAGAAACUCAUAACUUAAAUCGUUCCUUUCAUCUUGAAUAACCUGAUGUAGUGAUUGCUUGUUGGGCAGAGGACAACGAGAGCUCGGCUCAGCUCCUCAGGACCAAGAGUGAUGCCGGGGUGUUAAGAAGAGGGCAGCGACGAUCACCGAGUGACCAGAGGAAAAUAAGACGCCAUCGCUUCUCCAUCAACGGACACUUCUAUAACCACAAGGUGAAGCUGCAAUAUGUAUCAGAAUAGUGUACAAUUUAAGAACCAGCAUGUUAUCAAGUGAAGCAUGGUAGUUUUGGAGAGUUUGAUGCCACUGAAGAAAAGUUUACGAAGAUAGUCAUUGAGGAUAUAUAGCAGAGAUAUAUGAGAUCUAAAGAAAUAAACCAUGUGUUAAAUUCCUCAGACAGCUGUGUUUACUCCUGCGUACGGCUCAGUGACAAACGUGCGGAUCAACAGCUGCAUGACCACGCCUCAGGUGCUCCGAGUUCUCCUCAACAAGUUUAAAAUUGAAAACAGCCCAGAUGAUUUUGCUCUCUACCUCGUACAUACCAGUGGAGGUCAGUGGGAUUUAUUUUGAUUUCCUCAGAGAUAAAUGUUUAUGAACAUCACAUAUGGUUGUUUUAUGUCCCCUGUAUCACAAACUCUGUGUUGUUUAUGUUUCAGAGCGUGUGAAACUGAAGCGGAGUGACUAUCCUCUGGUACUGAGAGUGAUGCAGGGUCCAUGUGAGCAGGUCUGCAAGGUGUUCCUCAUGGAAGAGGAUCUGGGGGAAGAAGUCACAUAUGACGUAAAGAACCAAGAAUACUUUCUGCAUUUUAACUGAGAGAUUUUGAUGCAGAGAUUUGGAGAGAUACCCCUGUAUGUUUUUGUAUCCCUCAGCAGGUUUUUUGUGCUUUGUCAUGAUGUUUCCCCUCCUCUCCACCAGGUGGCACAGUACAUCAAGUUUGAAAUGCCUGUCCUACAGAGCUUCAUCACCAAACUGAAGGAGGAGGAGGACAGAGAAGUGCAGAAACUCAGGAGAAGGUAAAAAACAAUAAAUGAAUAAAGUUUGCUGUUAAUAUCUACCGAAACAUAUUUAUCAGGUCUCAUAGGAGCCCACAGAGUUGUGUUCAUCAUAGUUUAUGGUCAGUGUUUUUGCAGACCAACAUGUGGGGCUGCAAUGAAUGUUUUUUUAAUCAACAGUUUGAAUCAAUUACUUUGUCUAUUUCUGGAUUAUUCUCAGAUUUUAGCUUUUUUGAGAGUCAACAACUUCUGUGGAAAAAAAUCAAGAUAUUUGGAGACAUCUCUGGCUUUCUAAAACAUUCAACUUUAUUUUUAUGGCACUUUUCAGACAAAAAAUUGCAGUUCAAAGUGCCUCACAGAGGCUAAAAACAACAGUUAACAACAAUAAAACACGAACCUCCAACCCACACACCCACACAUGGACCCACAUACACACAAAGACACACACCCACCCUCACUCACCCACACAUACAUAGGGACAAGCGCACAUAGUGCGAGAAUUGAAGAUAUAUUGUUUAAGAGACAUGGCCUGACACCGAGACUUUACGUGAGGAAAGAGCUACCUUUGGGAAACACUGGAGAUCAAAGGAUGAAAAAUGGUAAAAAGAAAGAGUAAAACAAGAAAAUAAUAUUUAAUGAUAAUAUAGAUGAUAAUCUAAUAAUAAUACAGAUAAGUAAGAGCUCUACACCAUGUAAAAGGGGUAAAAGAAGUAAAAACCUCCAUGACAGGAAUUAAGAAAAAGACUAAGAACAGAGAUAAUUAAUAAAAUGACAUAAAAUAAACAAUAAGAACUUUGAUUAAAAUAAACAUUGGCAAUAAGAGAAAUAUGAAAAGGCAGUUAGUAAAAAGCCUGGUUAAAAAGGUGAGACUUGAGCCUCUUCUUAAAAACAUCAGCAGUCUCUGCGGCCCUGUGGCUCUCCAGCAGGCUGUUCCACAGCCGGGGACCAUAGAAACUGAAAGCUGCCUUCCUGUGGGUUUUUGUUUUAACUUUAGGUAAGGUUAAAAGGCCUGUGCCUAAGUCAGAUAAAUAGGAGGGGCCAAGACCAUUAAUACUUCUAAAAACUAAUAAUCCUGAAAUGGACGGGGAGCCAAUGCAGCGAUGCUAAAACUGGGGUUAUAGCAUCACUGGUGCUGGCCUGGGAGAGAAACGGGCAGACUCUGGCUAUAGUCUUAAGGUGGUAAAAAAAACCUACCUUUGCUUUGUUUUUGAUGUGUUUUGAUGGACAUUUUUCAAAUUUACCUUAAAAGAGGGAGUAUUAUGUUUAUUUUUUGUCUUUAUAUUGUCCCUCUGAUAGCCUCUUAGCAGCUUUACAUGAUUUACAGUACAACAAACUCGACACAUUUCAAACUGCUGUCUUUAAAAAAACCCUGAACUUCAGCCUCUGUCUGAGACGCUUCAUUUAAGACACUGUGCCUUUAAGCCACCACCACCCCCACCACCCCACCCCCCCAGCAUUUUAGAACCUAGCAUUCUAGAAGCCUCUUUUACUGUUGCAAUGCAAAAAGUUGUGUGUCUUUUUAUAAAAUGACAAUUUUGUCCUUUUUGAGGAGAGUCACUGUCUGGUGAUGCCAAAAUUUAAGCAAAUCUCAUAUUUCAACACAAACUAACCUUGCAGUCUGAAACUUUGCUCAUGUGUAGCUGUAACAUCCAACAUUUAAACUUAACAUUUUUUUUUUAAACAUGAAAAAUCAUAAUAUUUUCUCUCUCUGUUUGUGUUUCUGUAGAUACACUUAUCUGCGGUGUAUAAUUGAGAAGCAGCUCAGUUGUCUUCCAGAGGGGGCAACAUGUAUGUGAUCCCUAAAUCAAACUGUGAAACCCCUCCCCCCCGAUCACCACACCCUCCGUCAUGAGUGACCAAGAAUCAGCUGACAAGAACGUGUGUCAGCGACUCUCCUCCUCCUCCUCUGAGUCCUGCCUCUGCAUGGAUUUCCUUUUUUAAAACCUUCCACUUACUCAAACAAACAGACUGAAACAUGCUCAACUGUGUUUUCUACUCAGCAAUAGUCAAGAGUUCAGACAACUGAAGCAGUCUUGUGAAGAGUGUUCAGGCCAAAUCCCUUCAUGCUUUUUCUUCUGUGUCUCAUCCUGUUCACAAAGAAAGACAUCCCCUCUCUCCUGAGUCAUUUUAUAAUGAAGUAUUUCCUAGAAUGAGACGCCCUGCUCUGUCUCCGUUUACAUGCUGAUACCUAAAAUGAAGUUCAAGCACAACAAAGUCACAUUAUAUGGUCAUACUUAUGUGCCUGUGAGAGGUUUUUUUCAAGCACAAAGAAGCAGAGAGAUAUCCUGUUUAUUUUAACAACCAACAAAAACAUACUGAAGCUACAACACAACAAAUAUGAGACCCAAUGCAAACAGUCAAAGCCUGAGAGCAGAUACAAUACAGACUCCACAUUUAAGAGUGUGCCUUUGUGGUUCUUUAUGAUUUGGGGAUAUAAUCACCCUUUCACUUCUAUAACAGCUCAGAGUCCACAGGAAGGGGUUAAAGAAGAAUGUUCCCAUGGUCUUUCUGAUGUUAUUCAUGCUGAAUGUUGAAGACAUUUCAUGAUUGAAUCUAAAGAACAGUUUGACAUUUAAUGAAAAAGAACAAAAACAGAUCCUUUAUGUUGAUUGAUGAAAUAGAAAAAUAUGAAGUAGAUAUCUGUGUUGUAAGCUAAACAGUGGCAGUGGUAAGAUGUUUAAAGUAUUUGCUGCAGGGUGCAUGAGAGUUACGAGACAACACAUACUCUCUUUUUUCACUCCUUCCCUAACAUUACUCAUCAGCAGCCACUCUGAUGAGGCUGCAGACAUGAUUUGACUGUGUUUUCAAUCGGCCUCGAGAUGCUGAUUAUUUUAAAAUGCCAUUAAACUAAUUAGUCAGUCUAACUCUAAUAUCACCAGCAGCAGCUCAUAAACACAGCACCUAUUGGCUACAGGGGAAAAAAAGCGAGCCUGGCCUGGUCACUGAUCAAAAUGAGUCUACUUCUUUAACAUGUUCAAAUGUUUGUGCAGAAAUCAUGAGCUUCAGGUAGCUAUGGUGGCUUUUUUGUCAGGACUGUAAAAAUAAAAUGAGAUAGCCUCUCUGCAGCCACUUGUAUUACUGAUAUGUUAAAUUUGAUAUAAAACUGACGUUAAACUUCUGAAUACUCUCAGCAAAAACAACCUUUUUUCCCUCAAAUGUCAAACUGUUUCUUUAAAAGAAAAAAACUUAGUUUUUUCUGUCGUCAUCUUUUUUUCUGCAACACUGUCCUCAUUCCAUCUCUGCCUUAUGUAAGAUAAAAAAGAUGUCAUGUUGAGAUUUAAAGCACAGGAAAGAUGGAGAUUUUCUCACCGUCCUUCUUCAAAGGGUGACAGGGCUGUCCAAACAUGAAUCAAAGAAUGACAAAGAGUUCAAUCUUAUAAGACUGUGAAUAAUGCUGUGGAUCUUUGAUAGAAGAAUGUUUUAAUGAAUGAAUGAAUGACGAGCAUUUUAAAGCACAACAAGUCUCUCUCCACAUGUACAGCCCUUUGUUUGAAAGUUUCCUAGGUGGGAAAUUAGCACUAAUAUGAGAGUGGCUGGUUGAUUUCAGACAAACUGUUGACUGGCUGGUGAAUCUGACGAAAGAAGUUAUUUUCAUAACCUGGUGUGUGUUUACCCUGUCUGUUUUCCUACACCGUACCUAAAAAUACCUAACAGAAAGUGUGUGCGUGUGACUCUGAGAGUGUGCAUGCUUGUAUUUUUAGUGACUCCUAAGACUUGCUUGCCUUUUGUAUCCUGUCUUUUACAAAAAAAUGAAGGAAAAUUUGUCCUUCGGAUGUGGAAAAACUCAUGCCGCUGUUUGGGAAAUGUAGUUUUUUUGUGUCAUUGAUGGUUAUUUAAUAAAAAAAAAACAUAAUGCUUAGAAAAGAU